AUGGCUGAAGGAUUAAAGCAUGCCAUGAGUCUCCCCUAUCAUGAGUUUGAAGACCAGCGCAGCGGAGAAACCCUAAGCAUUUUACAAAAGGAAAUUGGGAAUAUUAUUCUUACAUACCGGGAAGCACAGGCUUCAUUGGAGAAUUUUGGCAGCCUGAUGAACAAAGCACCAGAAGCUAAACCAGAAAAUCCUGGUCAUUUAGGCCAAAUCCAAACUUUGGAAUUUGAUCAUGUAGCAUUCAAGCAUCAAACUGCUUCACAAAAUGCACUGAACGACAUUAGCUUUAAA